AUGGUAUCCUCUAGUACCGCAUCAUCGACAAGGAGCCAGACCCCUGAUGAUAAACACAAGCUUUUCUUUGAUUAUGCAGACAAAACACAGGAAGCGCUGUCAACAUUUACUGAACUGAAAAAAUGUUCAUAUGCCAGCAAAGAACUUGGGAAUUCUAAUAGUCACGAUUUCAUUGAGUGUGAUUGUUAUGAGGAAUUCCAAGAUGGAGUCAAUCAUGCAUGUGGGGAAGACUCUGACUGUAUAAACAGGCUCACGCUGAUCGAAUGUGUUAAUGACUUGUGCGGUUCGUGUGGCAAUGACUGCCGAAAUCAAAGGUUUCAGAAGCGCGAGUAUGCUGACAUUGCAGUCUUUCAGACUCAAAAAAAGGGCUACGGUGUGCGAGCGCAGAAAGACAUCGAAGCUCAUGAGUUUAUCUAUGAAUACAUUGGAGAGGUAAUAGCGGAGGACGAAUUUCGUGACAGGAUGAUUGAUUACGACCAUCGCGGGCUAAAACAUUUCUAUUUCAUGAUGCUUCAAACAGGUGAGUUCAUUGAUGCCACGGUCAAAGGCUCUUUGGCCAGAUUCUGCAACCAUUCUUGCAACCCCAACGCGUAUGUAAACAAAUGGGCUGUCGCCGGUAAACUAAGGAUGGGGAUUUUUGCCAAUAGGAAGAUUUUGAAGGGUGAAGAGAUAACUUUUGACUACAAUGUUGACAGGUAUGGUGCGACGGCACAGCCUUGCUACUGUGACGAGCCAAACUGUCUCGGGUUUCUCGGUGGGAAGACUCAGACGGAUGCUGCCUCGUUAUUGCCUCAAAAUUACGCAGAUGCUCUUGGUGUAAGGCCGUCAAUUGAGAAAAAGUGGAUCAAACUAAUGAAAGCAAACGGCGAAAAGAUUCUUAAGAGCGAAGUGAACAACAUCAAUGUCGAAUUUGUGAAAUCUCUCGAUUUGAGUCCUUGCGAAAGUCUCGAUGAUGUGUCCAAGGUCAUGAGUGUCUUAUUACAGGCUGAUGAUAACCUCAUUAUUAGAAGGCUGAUGGAAAGAAUACUACUCACAAAAGAUCAAACAAUGCAUUACCAAAUUAUAAAGCUCCAUGGUUACAGGUGCUUCAACAAGCUUCUCGGGAUAUUCGAGGACGAUAGCGAAAUCCAGCUUGAAAUCCUCGAAUACCUGAAUUGUCUUCCCAAAACCACGAAGAAUGGUAUUAUAUCGUCGCAGAUCGACAAAAAGGUGGAGGAACUUAAAGAAAAACCGGAACUUACGCAGGUGUCUGAUGAGCUUUUGGCCAAGUGGAGAUCGUUCGAAACAUACAAGCGCAUCACGAAGAAAGACAUUUCAGAAUCCUCGCACAAAAAGAUGGAUUUAAGAAGGUUGAGACUCCCCCCUGGAUGGGAAAUUAUCCACGAAAAUGGUAAACCUGUUUAUUACAACGCACAACAACAAACAAAACUGCACCACCCCCCUAAUGGUGUCACUAAAACUUUUGGUGGUUCUCAACCGAGUCGCCCCUCUACUCCUUUGGAUUCGCCAAGCAACGGCGCCAUCAGCAGCAAAAAGCGCCCGCUAGACGCAGAGGAAUAUGAAAAGAAAAAGAAGCAGCGCAUCGAGUUUCAAAGGAAAGAGCUUGAGAGACUCAAGAAUGAAGAAUUGCAGCAGCUGAAAGAUAAGCUUGAGCUUGAGGAUCAGAAGAAAACCGAACUGGAAAAGAUUAUCGCCGAGGCCAAUCAGCAAAAGGAGCUUGAAAAACAGCAGAAGUUCAAGGAGCAGCAAGAAGAGGAACAGAAACGACAAAAGAAGCUACAGCAAUCUAAAGGCGACUAUAUGUUACACAAGUGGAAUCGUUUUUUUGCUGGAUUCGUGCCCAACUUAGUCAGGCAUUAUGAAAAAGACUUGGGGAAAGACCAUAUCAAGGAGUGUGCCCGAGAUAUCGUCAAGACGCUUUCCAGUAAAGAGCUGAAGAAAGACCCCAAGAAGAGCCCACCGCCAGAGCCGAGCAAGGAAAAAAAGGCCAAGGUUCGUGAGUUCACUAAGGUGUAUAUGGAGAAAUUCAGCCAGAAGUACGCGCAGCGCAAGAAAAAGUAG